CCGAGAACUUUCCCCUCUCCUCUCUCUGAAGAAGCAAAACAUCGAGGAAAGCUGAGAAAUUCAAAACGCAGAGAAGGCGAGCUCACUCGCUCUCUCUCUUCACCAAUCAAAACCCUCUCCCUCUGAAAGCCGAAGAACAAGAUGGAUGACUACACGAGGGAGAUGAUGGACCUCAAGACUCUCGUCACUCGCACCCUCGAGAAGAAGGGCGUACUCGCCAAGAUCCGGGCUGAGUUGAGAGCAAGUGUGUUUGAGGCAAUUGAGGAGGAGGACAAGGUCAUUGAGAAAGACGAAGGCUUGCCUCCGGCAUUGCUUGGUAGCUGCAACGAUCGCGCUAAACAGCUCCACGCUUCUCCUUCAGGAAGGUUGCUUACGGCACUGAUAUGUGAAUACCUAGACUGGGCGCAACUAAACCACACGCUAAAAGUUUACCAGCCCGAGUGUAAUUUGCAGAAGGAUUCUUGGAAAGCUGAGUUGAAGGACUUUAGUAGCAAGAAUGGGUAUGAUCUGAACCGAAAUGGAGAUAGCUGUCCUUUGCUUUUGGACGUGCUUGAAGGAUUCUUGAAAUUUGAGAAUUUAUCUCAAGCAAGGGGUACUGGAAGGAGGCUAACUACUUCAGAAACGGAGUCCUUAUCCAAUUUGGAUUCUCGGAACAUGCGAAGACCUUCUUCGUCAUCUGUUGCGGGAGGGCUACCUCCACUAGGAAGGCCUGGUGCAUCUUCCCAGUCAACUGAUCGAAGAGGUGGGUCCUCCAUGUCUGGCUACAGGAAAGAUGACUACAACUAUAGGUAUGACAGUGAUGAAAGUCCAGAGGAUGUCAUUCGAGCUUCAAGUGCAAUGGAAAAUCUCCAAUUGGAUAGAAAAGCUCGCAAUCUAACAACAUCUUGGCGGCACGCAGGCGAUGGAAUUAGUGAGGAUGACGGCAGGGCCGACCACAUGUAGCUGAGCGAUGACAACCUUUGUAUAACUGCACGUGUAUUUGAUUUUGUAUUUUGUACGUUUCACCCUCAAAUGAUAGGCAUGUUAUGUAGGAUCGUACCGUAUUCCGAUUUGAUUUAGUGCUUUGUUCGAGUGGUUUUUGAUUGAUGUAAUUUCAUUUUCAUUUUCACCCUUUCGUGAAAUUUAAAUUAGUAACUGCUUCACGCUUGCAAUUUUCAUUAUAAUGAAGGCUAUGGAGUGUUUCAUGUAA